AUGGAAGUCAGAGUCCUGUCGCUGCUCCUCUUCUUCUUCUUCUUCCUCUUCUUCCUCUGCUCCUCUGUUAGCGCCGCCAGGCACUUGACCGUCUUCAUUCCUCUGCCUAAACCGUCGCUUCUUCCGCCGGUGUCUAUCCGGCCUCCCAAUCCCCCCAGGUCGUCGUCGCUUCUGCCACCGAAGCCAGGGUUGCCCUCGAAGCCGAUGCCGUCGCUUCUGGUGUCGAAACCGCUGAAGCCGUCCAAGUUUCGCCUGCCUCCCAUUCCCUUCCUGCCUCGGAAGAAGAGGACGCCGACGCCGUCGCGUCUGGUGACGAAACCACUGAAGCCGUCCAAGUCUCGCCUGCCUCCCAUUCCCUUCCUGCCGCGGAAGAAGAGGACGCCGACGACGGCGUCGGCGUCGCUUUUGGCGUCCAACCCACUGCUGCCAUCGAAGUCGUCUCUCCUCCCUCCAAUCCCUUUCCUGCCGCCCAAGAUGCAGACGCCGACGCCGUCGCUCCAGCCGCCAAAGCCACUUUUGCCAUCGGCGAUGAUCGGCCUCCCUCAGAUUCCCAGCUUCCAGCCGUCGCCGCCGGCCAAACCAUGA